CCAAUCCUAGAAAGUGACAUUGAGCCAAUAUUAAUGGGAAUGGCAUCUCAGCUUACGGAACGAGAAGAUAAUAUCAUAACCGAAGAUUUACGGGAAAGUGUGUUUGGACCGUUAGAGUUCUCUCGACGUGAUUUAAUGGCGUUAAACAUACAAAGAGGGCGUGAUCAUGGGCUUCCAGAUUACAAUACUAUCCGAGUAUCACUUGGACUUGAACGAAAGGAAGCAUUUGAAGACAUUAAUCCAGAGAAUAACGCCAGCAAGUCAGCCAUUGACCCAAAUGUAAGAGGACAUUUUACAAUAGUUCAUAGGUUACAUGCGUUGAUUGUUUAGCCAUAUUGUUCACCUAGGCCUAUAUAGCUGAUCUUUAAAGUGUUUUCGUUUAUUAGAUAGAUGAGAGUGUACCUUUACAAGAAUUGCUUAAAGUAAUC